UUAGGACAUCAUAACUGUCACAUCCUUCAGGCUUCAACAGGACUAGACAAACAGUUCUGAGUCAUCCUUAGCUAACACUGAAGGCCAAACAUAAAUCAAAAGACGACCUUUCAGCUGAUGAGUGAAAAUCGUUUCCACAAUGUACCUGGCCAGAGGGCUGCAGGACGCAGAUUUCCAGUUCUUCCGCAACCACAACCAGAUUAUAAUGAAGGAAAACUGACUUCAGUUUAGGAACUUAAUGGCUCAAGCAGGUGUUUCUGGGGCAGCUUGCUUGAAGCGACCACAAAAUACUCAGUAUGUUUCUAUAGCCUCGCCCUAACCCAGCUAAUUAAUUAGGAUAUGGUAGCAUGCCCAACUGAAUCACCCUUGAGUUGUGAAAACAGAUCCCAGAACAAAACCAGUUCUUCAAAGGGAUUACCGAGAAAGCAGGAAAUACAGGUGAUUACACACAGGGGGCUUUGAUACCUACAUCCGUCUCUUGUUCUUCUUUGAACUGACUUUGAUAUGCUGCAAUUAGGACAUUGCUGGAGAGAGAAAAGGGCCGGUGGCAGCUGUUUGCUGAGCUCUGGUUUUGAAGUAGUGAUCAAAGGGAGAUGGAGAGUCUGUGGGGUCUGGGGUGGAAAGGAAAGUGGGGAGCUCUUCAUAUAAAUAGGGCUAGGAAAGUGGGAUGCUCAUUUAAGUCUGUUUAGCUACUGGGGUGAAAUGUCACAGGCAGCUUAUUCACAUCAGAAACAAUCCAAAAGCUUGAGACAUCUCUUGUGGGAAAGUGCAUGUUGCUUGGUUACUUUUUAGUCAAGGCAUCUCAUAAGACAACUCAACAGAAGGUGCUGCUGCUCUCCAAAGAACAUAAAAAGAUCAGACUGGGCAGAGAAUGGAAGUUGCCUUCUUAUUGGGGAUCACGUGUUUCUGUUCGCCUUUGACUGCCAUGGUCCUGGACUUCAACAACAUCAGGGGCUCAACUGAAGUAACCACAUCCAAGAAGAGUGCUCAGUGCUUGACAGACAAGGACUGCCAUGCUGGGAAGUUCUGCCACAAGCCCUGGGAGGAGCUGCCCUACUGUGCUACUUGCCACGGACUACGGCGAAGAUGCCAACGUGACGCUAUGUGCUGCCCAGGGUCACUCUGCAUAAAUGAUGUGUGCAGCCAGACUGAAAAGAUGACACAGGUUGAUGGAAAGAAGCACUCUGAACAGGCUGGUUCAGGUUUCAAAGGCAUACUUCACCGUUCUGUUCAAGAGGGCAACAUCCAGAAGAAAGGAAACACCAGAACUUCAAAUGAUGCAGCUCGAGAGGGAGAAAGUUGUCUCCGCACAUCUGACUGUGUUCCAGGCCUCUGCUGCGCUCGUCAUUUCUGGUCUAAAAUCUGCAAACCCAUUCUCACAGAAGGAGAGGCAUGCUCCAGGAAAGGACAGAAAGUGGGAGCUCAGGAACUAGAAAUUUUCCAGCGCUGUGACUGUGGACCAGGCUUAUCGUGUCAACCACCACUCAGUAGGAUGUCACAACACUCACGCUUGAAAGUGUGUGUGAGAAACCGAUAGUUACGGUUGUACUGAGCUCUUCUCAGCUCAUGGAAGGUGGUCCAAAAGUUCAGUAGCAAAAGAGACAUUCAGCCCAUAAGAAGUGGACGUAUUCUAAUUAUUACUAUAAUUGUGUAACCCCUGUAUGUUGAACGCUUUGUAUUACCUGUAGGACAGCCAAAUAUGUUCAGUCUGGGUUUUGCUCUGGUGUAGCAUAAAGCAUCUUUUCCCUUUCUAGUCUGCUUUAUGCUUUGAACAGUACAGACUCAACAUUUCAUCUUCAAGCAAAGAUGAAGAUCCUGCUGUGCUUAAUGAGGAAAUAACACGCAUCAGCCAAAGGGAUUUGGGAAGUUUAAAAUUAACUGGCAGAGUUGAUCUUUAUAGGCAGCAUGUACAUGUUAGAAAAUGUCAGCUUUGCCUUGCUGGAUCUGACCAAAAUAGUCUAUCUGGUCCAGUGUUCUGUCUCCACCAGGGGCCAGCCACAGGGCUCUGGGAAUGUCACUCAAGCCUUGACUGAACAGUGUGGCUACUGUUGCUGCCUCCCUUAACACUUCUGCUCUUGCUUAACUAUGUACCACAUCUGCAAUGUCAUAAUGCCUGCAAAGCAGCCUCUAUAACUGGUUCCUUUCACAAAGGGACCAAGUAUCAUGUAUGCAGGUAAGAGAGCAGUCAUGCUGCAGCACAUCUUGGGUUCCAUCUAAAAACUAGAUAGACACACCACCAGUGUUCCCUCUAAGCUGAGUUAGUGUGAGCUAGCUCACAGAUUUUUAGCCUCCAGUUCACGCAUUUUUGUCUUAGCUCAGGAAAAUUGACCCCAGAGCACAAUAAUUUAUGCAGUAGCUCACACCUUUAAUACUUGUAGCUCACAAAGCGAAAUUUUUGCUCACAAGUAUCUGCAGCUUAGAGGGAACAUUGCACACCACCAAACUCAACUUUUUAGCUCUGCUAUGUGAAGGGUAUACAGCCCUGCUGAUAUCAACCAAAGCUGCUUAACUUUUGCAGAAUUAUGUUUGAGCUUUCCACUCACACAUCCCAGUUUAAGAUAAACACAUCACAUAAGAAGGGGUGGAUGAAGUUCACCCAAGGGAUAAGACCAGGGUGAUUGAAAAAAUAAUUAAGCAACUUCUGGUGCCAGAAGAAAUAAUCUAAUCUCUAUUUUAUGUGUCAGUUCCCAACUUUACCUUUGCACUGCCAUCUGCUAUCCAGCCAGUAAACACAUCCGUGUCUGCACUUGAAGUCUGACUCACACAACUGGGCUGCAGCUUCCUAAACUCAGCCUUGCCAGCUCCUCUAAUUACACAUAUUGAGGUUGAGCUGCUAAUUAAGGCUGCUGCUGGGCAUAAAGGCUUGGAUGGCUUCAUACUUCUUUAAGAUACAAAUAUUACUUUCUCACUAACAUCCUCUUCCUCCUAUAGACCACAUUCAGUAUGUUUCACUUUGCUCCACUUUAUGUUGGGGGCUUUCCAAAAUUAAGCAAAGCCACUAGCAUCAUGUACUUGUGGACAUAUAUUUAAGUAGCCAUUUACAAAUCUUUUAGUUCUCCCCAAGAAAGCUGCAAAUAAUAAUUAUUCUGCAAUAGAAAUACUGCAGUCUGUUUUGAAUCCAGGCAGCGUGUUAAACAAAAGGUCCUAACCUAGCAUAAUAAAAGCAAACAAACUGAAAACAA